AUGAACCCUACUGCUAGCGACGCCACCGUGCCUCGCUUCGUACGCGCCGUCUACGACAUGCUGCAGAACGAAGACCAGCGCAUCCUCUCCUGGUCGGCGGACGGGUCGCACUUCCAGGUGUACGACGUCCCGCGGCUCGAGACAAAGGUGCUGCGCAAGUACUUCAAGCACGGCAAGUUCACCAGCUUCCAGCGCCAGCUCAACAACUUCGGCUUCCACAAGUGGACCAAGACGCGCGCCAGCGUCGCCACCUUCAGCCACGACGUGCUCGUGCGGUGCCACGUGUCGGAGCUCGCCGUCCUGCAGCAGCGACGGCGAGAUCCACGACCAUGUCUGCCAAGCGGCCCCGGAGCCUUCUGGCUGCGACGCGAGACGUCCAGCGCAGCGAAGAAGCAGAAGAUGUCGCCGCGCGACGUGUGCGCCGUCGACGAUCUGGCUGAAAUCAGCUUUGACUGCGUGCUGGAGCCGCUAUGGGCACUGGGCGACAACUGCAACACGGACGAUGGGCUGCUGCUGGACCCGCUUGACUCCGUCGAGCUGACCGCGUUGGUCGAGCUGGACUGGGACGCCGCCAUCUCGCCACUCCAGCUUGAGCUGGAAGCGGAUGCUCGCGCCGAUGAGAACAACAACAGCAUCGACGUCAACUGCGCUGCGUCGGGGCUACUCAGCGAGGACGACGUGGCCGCUGUAGUAUGCGACCUGGACGCCGCGCAGGUGCUGUCGAACUGCGAGCUGGACUCGCUGCUCGGUGACGCCUCCGACUCGGACGACGCUGACUUUGCCAUCGACGCUAACUUCGAUAUGGCCACCAGCAUUGGCAUUGACGUCGCCCUGGACGCCGACAGCUUGCUGUUCGUGUAG